ACAACAACAGCAGCAGAAGCAGCAGCAGCUAAAUUUGCAAACACUCAACUUGACAUGCCACCGACACCACCACACACAACCGUGAGUCCCAAUGAUAACGACGAAGGUCUCUAUCUAUUAUGGACACAUCAGCUGCUUCGAGAGCGAGGAUUUAAGCCACCUCCUUGCCGUUUAAAAGAAAAUGACGUAGAUGUCUUGGCCAAACAAGACGUAACGGGACACGACGAAAAUAAUUAUCAACAUCAUCGUCUUGGCCGCCACGAUAACGAUGAAGAUAAAGAAGAAGAGGAGGAGGAGGAGGAGGACGAAGAUGAUAGCGACGACAGUCGGAGCACCGAUAGUAGCCUUACAGACGGAGACAACGAUAAAGAGUCAUCUUUAUUACUAACGACUCCCGAUAUCGCUGACUAUGGCAGCAGAAUGCAAAUGUACUCGUCAUUCAAUUCAUGUGCAUCGUCGUUCACGGGUAGCCGUUCACAGCAACCCGAAUACUUUCACCACCGACCUUCCGCAGCAUCGUCGUCGAUGCAUCUUUCUGCCGCCGCAAGGCAUGCAGCCGAAGAUGAAGACGAGCAAGACAAGCCUCUGUCGUUUUUUGCGUCAUUUUUUGGAGCCUGUUUCUCCUGCCGUCGCUGAAAACGUACGAUACAUGAACCCUCCAACCCCCUCUAUACAUCAUAUACUCCUCAUUUACAUUCACAUGAGCAUUUCAAAAAAAUACCUGUCGUUUUCUUUUUAUUAAAUACAAUUGAUGGUCGUUGUUGGAGAGAACGUGCGUGUGUGUACGUAAUAUGAAAGGGCGUGCUAUAUAACUGACCAGCAGCCACACACGUAUGUUUCGUUAUAUAUAUUAUUAAUAAUAAAUAAUAACAAUAGUC